AUGGCAGAAAGAGUGAACAACUUCCCACCACUGCCCAAAUUCAUCCCACUGAAGCCAUGUUUCUACCAAGACUUUGAGGCAGACAUCCCUCCCCAGCACCUCAGCAUGACCAAGCGCCUCUACUAUCUCUGGAUGUUGAACAGCGUCACGCUGGCGGUGAACCUGGUGGGCUGUCUCGCAUGGCUGAUUGGAGGUGGGGGAGCCACCAACUUUGGCCUCGCCUUUCUCUGGCUCAUCCUCUUCACACCCUGCUCCUACGUCUGCUGGUUUCGGCCCAUUUACAAGGCCUUCAAGACUGACAGCUCCUUUAGCUUCAUGGCAUUCUUCUUCACCUUCAUGGCCCAGCUGGUCCUCAGCAUCAUCCAGGCUGUGGGCAUCCCAGGCUGGGGGAUCUGCGGCUGGAUUGCCACCAUCUCCUUCUUUGGAACAAACGUUGGCUCAGCGGUCGUGAUGCUCAUUCCCACCAUCAUGUUCACAGUUGUGGCUGUCUUUUCCUUUAUUGCCCUCAGCAUGGUUCAUAAAUUCUACCGGGGCAGUGGGGGAAGUUUCAGCAAAGCUCAGGAGGAGUGGACCACGGGGGCAUGGAAGAACCCACACGUGCAACAAGCAGCCCAGAAUGCAGCCAUGGGGGCGGCCCAGGGUGCCAUGAAUCAGCCGCAGACUCACUAUUCUGCCACCCCCAACUACACAUACUCUAAUGAGAUGUGA